AACGGACCGACCUGAGACGGACGGCCAACACGUGCCGGUCAUGUUAACACGGGACACGCAUGAGUGAACUCUCGCCCAGGCACAUGUACUGGACAUUCUGUAUCUGUAUGGUACAUGGACACCUUUCAUGUUGAGUAUAGGCCUACAUGUCCACGGUGAGGGGGAGUUUCAAAUUCCAGACCGAGAAAAUAUCAUUUUGAGUUUGUAGAAAUCAUUGGAUGGAAUUGUUUCUAAUGGAUACAUCUACUUGCUGAAGAACAUGAUGAGGAAUUUAUUUGUUACAUUCGUUAGGCGAUGUAUAUGCCGACAUCAUGAGGGACGAUUAGCCACUACUUAUAGCUACAGCACAGAAACUUCUACAAGUAGUUUUUGUGAACCAAACACCUUUAAGCAGGGCAGAUACUUCCUGAAACAUUAUACAAAGCAACCUUCACGUGAAGAGAGAAGCAUCCGCUUUCAUAGAAAGAGAAUUACAGUGGCUGAUGUAGAACCAUACUUUGAUUCAUGCCAGUCAAGUGUUGAAGUUUUCAAAAGUAUUUUAGAUCAGAAACAAAAUUUGUCCUCUGAGCAAAGGAUAGCUUUAGAUGCCAUCCAGAUGAACAUUUGGAACUUUCAUGUCCUUGAUUUAGACUUUGAUCAGCUCCUUGAUAUGAUUGAGAGAAGUAUAAUGCAGAACUAUUACAGUGAACACCUACUACGGGCUUUGUUCAUGAGAGCAACAGAGAAGUUUGACAUAUAUAAUUGGGAUACGACUUCCAUUACUCGUCUGAUGUUAACUACAACUGUUUUUAGACAAGUCCCGCACACGUUAUUGAGUAAGGUACAUACAUUUGUCUGUUUGAACAUAAAGUUAUUCUCCCUGAAAGAAUUAGCUUUGAUCAUGAAUGCUUUUUAUGUAGGAAAAUUCAAAUAUGGCCAUGAAGAUUUACUGGCUUCGACAGUCAUUGACAAAUCUCUGACUAAUCUGCAUGACAUUGAUUCUGCAGACCUCUUCAUCAUCGUUAAGGCCUGCCAAUCUCGAGUAGCCAGCAAAGCUCCAUUCCUGUUGGAUAUGGCCAGAGCUUUGACAAAGAAUGAGGAUGUGUUGAAAAAGCAUUGCAGAAAUUUUGUUGAUGUAGCAUAUUUCCUAAAGCAGUAUGCUAUGUUCAAACUUGAUGUUCCUAAAUUUGUGAAGGCUGUGCUAAAGGUUAUGCCUAAACCUACAGAUUUCACGGUGGUUCCAUGUGCACAAUUAGGAAAAAUUCAACUGAAGAAUACUGACACCAAAUUGUUAAUUCGACAAAAGGAUAUUGGCACAAUAUCGUGGGCACUCGGGUGUUUAGCGUAUGAUCUUAAUGACUUGACUGGCAUCCACUCAUAUUUAGAAAAUCUGUUCUCUGCUAGUUAUAGCACACAUCAAACAGACCAUACCUAUUGUAGGGAAUUUUUCUUCGGUCAAGUUGUGGUUGGAAGAUUUUCACCUCUUUUCAUCGAAUAUAUGAAAGUUCACAGUUCUAAACAUUUGAAAGAGGAAUUUAUGAAUCAAAACUUAUGGAAACGAAAGAUGUUGUCCAUUUUACUUCGGGUUUCCAUGGAUAUCGAAUGUCCGGAGGUUGAACUCAAGAAAAUUCCCCAGGGCAUGUUGGAGUCGAACAUGAAAGCUUCUGCUCCCAAAUCCACAUACCAGUAUAUACAACAAGUGACCAACUGUGUGAACAAGAUGUUAGAAGGGAGAUUCACUGUGUGUCAUACCAUCCUGCCUUACAUCCCAAAAAUGUUGGAAAUUCGUUUGGACAACAACAACAGACCUGUUUCCUUUACUCCAACAAACUAUGAGGAUCUGUUAAAAGAAAUGAAAAACAAACAAGUGUUGUCACGAAGUGGGAGACGAAUUGCGAUCUUACUGAGGAGUAAAUCAUCUUUCUUGAAAACGGCCAAAAAACACAGUAUAUAUGACCGACCCUCUGGUUUCACAAUUGUCAGUGAAAGACAACUACAGAAACUUGGAUAUGAAUCUUGUUUGUUAACGUCACAACCAGAAUCUGUCUCCGAUGUAGCCGAAAAUAUAUUGUCAAAGUUGGUGCAUGAUUUUGGAAUGGAGGUGAAUUCAGCAGUACAUAUCAAGAAGACAUGAUCAAAGUAUGGGUUGUUGAUAGACAUUGUGUGGGAUGAUGUGGACUCAGGACACAAAACAGGAUAUGUACAAGUCGAACUGAUGGUAGUUAACAAUGUGUAACUUGGCCAGGUGACUAAUAGUGGCUAGUAGAAUUUCAGAGUUCUGGGUUUGAUUCGUGGUCUGGCCAUUUAUAUUAUAAUACAUGGGCUGUCUUGUGUAGAUCCAU